AUGGCUGGCUCCAGGGCCAGGGCAAGAACUAGAAGACGGGAUGGACUCCAGGGUCAUUCCCAAGCCAGAGCCCAGGCUAAGACCCAGGCCAAGACAGUGGCUGUGGCAAAACUCAAAACAGAAUCAGUGACUCAGGCCAAGGCUGGGGAUGGAGCAGUGUCUAAGACACAGAGAAUCGCACAAACUGAGACUGUGGCUGUGACAAAGGAAGUGAGCAAAAUGAAAGGUAUGAGUAAGGCCAAAGUCAUAGCUGAGACUCAUACAAAAACAGUGACACAACCCAGAGUAGUGCCCCAAAUAAAGCCAAAGGCUAUGCCUAGCUCCAGUAUCGGUGCCAUUACUCAAUCUAAAAUCAAGACUGAUGCUGGAAAUGAGGUCAAUAUUAGUUCAUGUGUGAAAGCUGCUGACAUGGCCAGUAUUGAAUCCAGACCCCAGAUAAGGGAAGAGGCAAGUAUUAAAUUCAGGGCUGAUAACAAAGCUAACCUUAGAGUCAAGUCCAAUGAUAAGGAUGAAGAAAAUGUCUGUUCCUGGUUAUGGACUGAAAAAGAAUCUAGUAUAGGGUCCAGGUUCUGGUCUGAAGAAGAGGCCCCUCCUCAAGUUUAUAAUCCCCCACCAACGAUCAACGACAAGCCUGAGCUCACACCCCGAAGUGAACUUACUAUAAGACAAAAGGCAGCAACAACAUGGUUAAGGGCCAGAUAUAGUGUCUUAGUCCCAAUCAAUGUCAGAGAGCUAUUCUUGCCUCCAGAAAGGAAUUGGAUCCUAAUUGAAACCUUGAUUGAAACUCCUCUUGGGAUAAAGCUUCUGACCAAGAUCUCACCCUAUAGUGGGCCUUACUUCCAAACCUUAGCUGAAAUAAAACAUCAUAUUAGGUAUGGGGAAACGUAUGGGCCCAAUCCAAAGAACUGCCACUGCAAAACAUAUAGCUUUAAUUUGGAGCCUAAAGAGUUUGAUAGACUCAUUGCUUUACUUAAGUUUACUAAGGAUCCUUUCAUUCAUGAGAUUGCUACAAUGGUAAUGGGUGUCAGUCCUGCUUAACCAUUUACGCAAGACAUAAUUCAUGAUAUAGGUAUUAAUGUUAUGGUUGAAAACUUGAUCACUAAUCCUAAUGUUAAAGAACACCCUAGAAUUCUAAAUAUGUCAGAUGACAGCUCUGAGUCUUCUGAAGUAUCACAAAUGAGAGCUUCAUAUGUAAAUCAAAUUUGUAAGGAUAUAAUCUCUUAUCCUUUGAACUCCAUUGUACAGCUUUCUGGACUAAAAGUGUAAGUGAGCCUGAGUUUGAAAUUUUCAGAUCACUAUACGAUCAUCAAAUACAUUCCCGAUAUCCUUUAAUUGUUGAACAAUGGAAAUGCUAGGACAAAAUUUUUUAUUUUGAAAGUGUUUUCUUAUUUAUCUAAAAAUCAAGCCAAUCUCAGAGAAUUGAUCAGUGCUGAAGUACUGUCCUCUUUGGUUGCACUUUUCAAUAAGAAUGAGUCAAAGUUCAGUAUUCUUGCUAUCGUUGAGACAUUUGAGAAUAUAAAUUACCAGUUCAAACAGGGAGUAAAGCUCUUUACCAAGGAUCAGUUCACUAAGGAUGAACUUAUUUCCAUAUUUCAGGAAGCAAAAGAGUUUUCUCAGAAACUCCAAGACUUAGCAGAGCACAAUGAUCCUGAAGUGAGAGAUAAAAUUGCACAAUUAAUACUCAAACUCUGA